GGCGGAGCGGAGUGUGGGGCUCCAGCUCUCCCCGUGCGUGCGCCCAGCUAGCGGCGCCGGGCCGGGGCCGCCCCCGCCGGCGGCUGAGGGCGAGCCGCGCCCGCGCGCUGCGCGCCGUAGCCCUGCAGCCUUCCUCCCUCCUCCCGCGCCUGCCCUUCUCCCACCCUGCUGUGCCGUGUCCUGCCCUGCCGUGCCCGCCGGUCGCUGCCCUCCGGCCGGGGCCGCGCACGUCGCCUCGUGCGGCAGGGCAGAUCCUCCUCCAUGCGCCGCGGCUGCCUGCCGCCCUGCAGCGCCCUCCCCGCCGGGCGCGAGGGGGCAAGAGGAGGCGGUGCUGCCCGGCCGCGCCGUGAGGGGCCCGGCGGAGGAUGCCGGUGGGCGGCGGCGGGGCGGUGCGGCCCCACGGCGGGGCGCUUUCCCUUAGCCCGACCGCACUGUCCCGCAGCUUGUCUCGCUUGCGCGAGCACCGCGCCCGCUCGCGGGCCAUGCUGGCGCUGGGGGUCACGCAGAUGGUGCUCGGCUGCCUCAUCGUGGCUGUCAGCUUCGCCGCCCUGGCGCUCACCACCUCGGCCCGCGUCCGCCACUCCUGCCCCUUCUGGGCCGGCUUCUCGGUGCUGUUGUCAGGAUUGAUCGGUGUUGUUUCAUGGAAGAGGCCCCUUUCACUUGUGAUAACCUUUUUCAUGCUGCUGUCUGCAGUGUGCGUAAUGCUGAACUUGGCUGGUUCCAUUCUCUCUUGUCAGAAUGCUCAGCUGGUAAAGUCCCUGGAAGGAUGUCAGUUGAUUAAAUUUGACAGUGAUGGUGUCUGUGUUUGCUGUGAAAUGCAGCAUCAAACAUCAGGCUGCAGUAACUUGGGAGAAACGCUGAAACUGAACCCUCUGCAGGAGUGUAAUGUUGUGAGGCUGACCCUAAAGGACCUGUUGUUCAGUGUGUGCGCUCUCAAUAUCAUCUCCACCAUUGUCUGUGCUUUGGCAACAGCAAUGUGUUGCAUGCAGAUGGUUUCUUCUGAUCUUCUGCAAAUGCAGGAUGAUAUCACACAGUUUCUGCCACAGAGGCCACAUUCUACCAAUCCUGACUGCAUGACUCCACAUGGAACUAUCUUGCAUCAAACCUUGGAUUUUGAUGAGUUCAUACCACCAAUUCCACCUCCACCCUACUACCCACCAGAAUAUACCUGCACACCAGUGAUAGAGGCACAGAGAGGUCUCCAUUUGGACUUCCCUCAUUCCCCAUUCAGUGCUUUAUAUGCAGUAACCAUUAACAGCCCAGGAAUGAUGUAUCCAACUGAGCUGCCGCCACCUUAUGAGGCAGUGAUUGGAGAGACGCCUGCCAGUCGGGUCACUGGUACUGAUCAGCAAGUGUCAGAGUCAAACUUGGGUGAGAGGAACAUGACCGUGGACUUCAGCACACAAGUUUCUGUCGAGAGCACCUCUUUGAUGGUCUCUGAGACUGUUGAUAUCCCAGACCGCAGCUACUCCUCUGAAGAUCUUUGUUCGCUGGAAGUUCAAGGGUCUCUCUAUUCUGCAGAUCUUUCUCCCUGCUGUACAGCCCCCAAAGGGCCUACGCACCAGAGCUGCAGCACCCGCUGCAGGUUCCACAGAACUCACUCAGAGGGUUUUCCUGAUGAGGAUGACAGUUCCCACAGCCAAGCCUCUACUGACAGGUCUCAAGGACUGGAAAAGAACUGUGCCUAUGGCAGGUCCUUGGACUGUUCUUCAGAGAAUUUCAGCCUGUCAGAACUGCAGAGUUCUGCUCAAGGGAGCAAUGCCACGCCACCUUUGAAGCAAAAGCAGAUCUGCUGUGCAGACGUUAGCCAGCCUCCUGUCCCUUCCCAGACCUCUCCCUGUUUUGGGCCCACAAAUGCUUCAUCGUGCGCAAGUGGCAAUGAGAGUGCAGUCCAGCAGCAUCAUGUUACAAAUCACCGAAUUUCAAAUAUAGUCCGAUCAACUAGUGACCCUGUAUCAUGUUCGUCUUGCACAGAAGGUGAUAAUUGUGCCUGGACUCCUAUAUGUAGCCAGUGUCAAGAUGCAGGAUUGUCUCCAGCUACAUUACAAACAGUUCCUGUUUCUGGUUGUCAUAUGGCUGCCUCUGCUUGUGAGCAUUCUUUGAGCAGUUUCCUACCAACUGGAAAACAGAGGGAUGCAAGGAAGCUUGAUCUACACCUGAAGCCAAAGGCUUUCCACAAAGUCUCAAAAGAGCGACCAUACUCUUUAGUGGACCUUAAGACUUAUAAAGACACAAAAAUUUUAGUGGCAAAAUUUUUGGAACAUUCAAACUGUAAUCUCCCUCCAGAAGUACGUCAUGUAGUGAAUAGCAUACGAUCAGUGAUAAAAUCUGAUGAAAGACACAUGGAAGAAGCCAUCUUCAGUGCCAAUAUUAUAGACCAGGUAAUCGCAAGUUCCCAGCAGAAUGUGAAUACCUCUAGAAAUCAACUUCAAGAAGACCUUCAUCUUCAGAGCUGUGGUGCUCUGAGCUCUCCAGUUGCAUUCUCACGUAGGUCCCAUAUCACUCGCCCUUUACAGCGGGACAGGCCUCACAGUUUAAUUGGAGUUUGCCGGGAGACCAUCCUUUGAUAAUAUUCGCAGGUAUGUGGUUCCAGCAAAAAGAAUUAUGGAAGAAGCCAGGACUGGGAGAAAUACAAGUAGUGGAUGACUUAAAAAGGAAAAAGUGUCUUCCCUUGGAAUUCCACUUUUUUCAAACAGCAGGAGGAGAACACCUGUUUUUCUGAAUGUAAAUUUCGGCUCUGAUUUUUGCGAAAUUUUAACUGAUUUGGUAGUCAAAUCUCAACAAAUGUUUUCCCAACCAGAAAUGUGUUUAUUUCACUGUACUUACAGAAAUGCUACUAAUGCUGCCUAGCAUUUCUUGAAAAUCAUUGCGAAAGUGCCAGAGACGGGCUGUACAACUUAAAAGUUGUAUUUAUUUAAUGUACCUCAAAGUGUUUUAACUAUGAUCAGUGUUUUAAUAAAAAGUAUUUCUGGACUUUGCUUUCUCAACAACUGAUUUGGGUAGAAACAUAAAGGUGAUGCACCUGCACAUACAGUGCUGCUUCUAAUCCAUUUUCCCUGUGUCUUUCAUGCCAGGCUAACUGGUCUGUCCUAUUAAACACCCCCCCCCCUCCCCCUCUCCGCCCAUGUUGCCUUUUGAAAUUGCCGUGGUGGCUGCAGUGUGGUUUAUUUUGCUCUGGUUUGAUUGCUCAUGAGUUCAUUAGUGGAGUAGCAUACGCUAUUGAAAACUGAUCUUGAAGUCAGCUCUGCAAAUUGUGACCAAAAGAUGCAUUAGGGAAGAAGUCUCUGAAAUUCUGCAUUUCCAAAAAGGAUAUUUCAUAGACUUCUUACAAAUGCUGAUAGGAAGUUGGAUGAAUUUUCAUCUAGCAGAGCCUUGAACAUUAUUUCAAAAAGAACUGACUCCAGUCUCCAAUUAGCAGUUUUGACAACUGCAUUACUAAAACAUGUCCUUGUGGUUCUGCUGCCUUUAUGAUUUAUUUAACAUUGAUCUUAAAAAAUAAUCCAAAAGUAAUUAUCAUUGACGCUAAUUUGAUUACCAGCACAAACACAGGUCUGCCAAAAACGUCUUCCAGUGCAAGCUUCAUCCUGGCUCUCUCAGAGGAAAUUGGAAAGGCCUUAAACAAAAGGUUCUCUUAAAGAACCUACCACAGGUUGACGUUUCAGGGGGUUAUUUUUUUUGCAGCAGUGCUUGUCAGUAGCGUUAGUUUCCAUUUGAGGUUAAAUCAUACACUGGUUUCAUUUGUGUCACUCUGAGCUGGGCAGACAUCCUGUGAAAAGGUCACAAAGGAAUGUAGCUGAAGAUGGGUAGUUUAAGUUUUACAGAAUCAUCCAUUUUAAUGUAUUUUAAUUAUAGCAUGCUUCUGUAUU